AUGGAUGAUUUGUACAGACCAUGCAAGGGUUAUCUGUCCGGUGACCGCAGCAAACCCCUCGCACCUGCUACUCGUGCACCGAUGAUAGCGUCGAUUAGACCGGAGAUAUUGACUGAUUGGGCUCAAUACCAGAAUACCCACGACUAUGGAGCCGACAGCAAUCUCCGGCGCAUGCUAUCCACGCGCCACAUCACCAUGAUCGCGCUCGGCUCGUCCAUCGGGCUAGGCAUGUGGCUUGGGAGCGGUACAUCGCUGCGCAACGGCGGCCCGGCGGCGAUGUUCAUCGGCUAUUUCCUGGCUGGGUCGAUAGUGUGGUCGGUGAGCCAGGCGAUUGGCGAGAUGGCGGUGCUGUAUCCGAUUCCGAGCGCGUUCGUGCAGUGGGCGAGUAUGUUUGUGUGUCCGUCUGUGGGGUUUGCGGUGGGCUGGGUGUCGUGGUUUGGGUCGUUUAUUAGUAUUGCGAAUGAAUUGCAGGGUGCUGCGACGGUGCUGCAUUUCUGGACGGAUAGACUGCCGGCUGCGGCGUGGAUUACCAUCUUCUGGGUCGUUAUAGUCCUGGUCAAUGCAUGGACGGUCAAGUUCUUCGGCGAGAUCGAGGUUGUCAGCUCGACCGUCAAAUUUGGGUGGAUGUUUAUCGUUGUGAUCUCGUUAAUAGUUGUAUCGGCCGGCGGUGCCCCAAACCACAAUACCACGGGCUUCGAAUACUGGAACUCGACCCCCUUUAUUAAUGGCUUCAAAGGGUUUCUCAGUGUACUGCCAACCUGUAUCUUCGCCAUGUCCGGGUCUGAAACCGCUGCCCUUGUCGCAUCAGAGACCCGGAACCCUCGCAAGUCCGUGCCUACAGCCGUGCGGUCAAUCUGGAUACGCCUAGGGCUGUUUUAUAUACUGGGCGCACUCGCAUUAUCCAUAACUGUCUCUCCGCAGGACCCGAACCUGUUUGGUGCCGACGGCGAUAAUAACUCCCCGUUUGUAGUUGCCUACCAGACCGCAGGGAUACCGGUUCUAGCACAUAUGACGAACGCAGUCAUCUUCCUCUCUGUUCUCUCGUCGGGGAGUAUAUCAAGCUUCAACGGCUCGCGCGUCUUAGUUGGCCUGUCCCAGCUGCGUAUCGCGCCAAAGAUCUUCAGCCACGCCGACUCCCGAGGCCGCCCACUAGCAGGCCUAGCCAUAACCCUCCUAGGCGGAAGCCUGGCAUACCUGAACGUCUCAAACAGCGGCUCGGACGUGUUCACCUGGCUAUCGCACCUAACCACGCUAUUCGACCUCUUCAGAUGGGCCGCCCUCAGCGCCUCGCACCUGCGCAUGAGAUAUGCAUGGAAGAUGCAGGGCCGACUCGACUCGGAUCUCCCCUGGCGCUCGCGCGCGUAUCCGUAUGCGUCUUGGUGGGCGUUGAUCUGGUGUGUUGUGUUGAUAAUCGUGGAGUUUUAUCUGGCGGUUUGGCCGCUGAAUGAGCGCUCGAGUGCGAGGCAUUUCUUUGCGAAUUAUGUUAGUGUGGUCCUGGUUGUGGGGGUUUAUUUUGGGGCGAGGGUCUGGUAUAGGGGGGCUUGGUGGGUGGAUUUGGCCAAGGUGGAUUUGGAUCGGAAGAGGAGGUUUUAUCAUUAGAUAUAAAGGGUGCGAAGGAUAUAUAGAAUCGUAUUGUAUUAGACUACGAUACAAAUCUCCUAUGCAAACCAUCCGUCAACCAACCAGCCUAUAUACCAAGCCC